AUGGGAGCAGACGGCAGCCAGCUGACUGGCACCUACGAGGAACUGGCCUGGCUCUCCUCCCUCUCCAACCUGCAAACGCUGCAUAUACUUGGUUUGGUGGAAUUCACGGGGAGCUUGUCCUCUCUGCACAUUCUCUCUCGUCUGGAGAAACUUCAAAGCCUGACACUCAGUUCGCUCACCAAUGCCACGGGGGAGAUACCCAGGGAGAUCCGAUACCUCACAGCCCUCACUGCACUUGAUUUGUCGUUCCUGCGGGCCUUGGAGUUCCCUGCCUGGGUGACUCACCUCUACAACCUUCAGUAUCUCAACGUGAACGGGGAUGAGCCGCGGCGGCAGGGGCUGUUGUCUGAUGACAUCUCGCACCUCACCGCACUCACCAGCCUAUCUCUCUUUGGAAACAACCUGGAGGGAUACAUGCCUAAGAGCUUCUCAUCUUUCCUGAACCUGCAAUACCUGGCUUUAAAUUACAACCAUCUUCAAGGCACCAUCCCCGCCACCCUCUCUGCCCUAACAGCCCUCACUGCAAUAGACCUCUCAUGGAAUUAUCUGUCUGGUUCCAUCCCGCGUGCCUUCACCACCAACAUCCAAAGCAUAUCACUUGGCUACAACGCCUUUAGUGGCCCCAUUCCGCCUCACCUUGCACUGCCGCAACUUUCUUUCCUGCAGCUGGCCAGCAAUGAGUUCACGGGCGGUAUUCCCACCACCUUCACCCGGCUCACCGCCAUGAGUGUGCUGGACGUUUCCAACAACAGUCUGAGUGCAGGCCUGGACGUGGUGGCUCAGAUGACAUGGCUCACUGACAUAAGCCUCCACACCAACAGCUUCUCCGGGGUGCUUCCAGCAGUCCUCUCUGCCAUCACAGGGCUCAACUUCAUAACCAUCGCCAACAACCACAUCACGGGAGUAUUUCCCCAGUUUCUUCUGCACAUCCACCACCUUUCAUAUCUGGAUCUGAGCAACAACAGCUUCUCCGGAUCCAUUCCCCUGCAAUUGACCGAGCUACUGGAGCUGGUAACCAUCAAUCUCAAUGACAACAACUUCCAUGGAUCAAUCCCCUCUGGCGUCUUCCACCUCCCCAUACUUAACACUCUGGAAGUGUCAAACAACUUUCUUUCCGGGAACCUUCCAGUGAAGCUUAGAGCCUCCUCCACACUUGCCACGCUUAGCCUUGCAGGAAACGGCUUCACAGGCUCCCUGCCAGACUUCUCGCUCUGGAAGGGCAACUUUGAAACGCUGGCGCUGAGCAACAACAACUUCACAGGGCCCAUUCCUGACUCCAUCUCCACGCUCUCCACUCUGCAGGCCAUCAUCCUCGACAGCAACCAACUGACGGGAACCAUUCCAGCUGCCAUCUUUAACAUGACGAACCUACAAUCUCUCUAUCUGGCCAACAACCGUCUCAGCGGCAGUCUGCCGUCUGCCAUCAGUCGCCUGGAGAAGCUCCAACAGAUCUGGCUGGACAACAACAGCAUCGAGGGCCCUCUGCCAUCCGCCAUCUGCUCGCUGCCCUGGCUGUGGCGCAUCAUGGUGAGCAACAACCAUCUCUACGGGCCUCUGCCAGACUGCCUCUUCGACAAAUGCGUCAACCAGAU